AUGCUGCAGUUAUUUCCACCCCUGCUCGUCCUUAUUGGGAUCAGCCUUGCAGCGCCACCGGCACCGCCGCCCGGAACACUCGAGGAAACUGAAAUGCCUUUUCAGGCCAACAACGUGUUCAUUUACGCCGAACGAAUCUGCAUGAUCAACAAUGGCACAACUACAUGGGGACGGGCACUUGAGGUUUUCCAGAGAGAGAUGUGUGAGGGCCGUGCCCUCAAGCCGCAUUAUGCCAAUAUCAAAACCUGCUUUGCGGGCGGACGUCCUGAUAAUCAACUGGAGAAGGCUUUGCCAAAAAUUAAAUGCAGCAUUGCACCCUUACUCUACAGCAUGUAUUUUGACCGGGUCGUUCGUGAUUGCCCUGACGAGAGCGAGGCGCAGCACAUCACUGUCCGCGCCAUGAUUAAUGAGGCGACAUUCUAUGCGAACUGGCCUCAAAAAGUCGAAGCCGACAUUGAUAUCAAGGAAGAAGUCGCCAGCGCGUCCAGCGCCCCACAGUCAACCUCAGCUCACCCAACCAUCGUCGACAUAAAGCCCGUCUCCAUCCCGAUGCCCCUACUUCAACAGUCUGGCGAGGUAUUCGUCGGCGUGGGCGGGGAGAAAGAAGCCGCCCUGGUUGGCUUGGGUCUAAAGAAGCUGCGUUCCAGGGACAAGGAUCGACUCUACGAGGCCAAGCGAUACGCCAUGGACAUUUCGAUUCGACAGAUUAUGCUCCAGCAACAGCAGGCCCAUCAGCAGAAUCAACAAAAGCAGCACAUGUACGCACAAGCGUUGGCGCUGAUGGCCCGAGUGUAUGUUGGCUCGAUUUCUUUUGAGGUAACCGAAGACAAGCUGCGCCAAAUCAUGAGCCCGUUCGGGCCGAUCAAGACGCUGAACAUGAGCUGGGAUACGAGUACAGGGCACCACAAGGGCUACGCGUUCCUCGAGUUCGACGUGCCCGAGGCCGCCCAGCUGGCCCAGGAUUCGAUGAACGGCGUGCUGAUGGGCGGGCGGAAUCUUAAGCUCGGGCGUUCGUCGGCGGCCACCCCGCAAGCCCAGCCCAUCAUCGACAUGAUCCAGUCGGAGGCCAGGAAAUAUUUUAGAGUAUACGUCGCAUCGAUUCAUCCUGAUCUCUCUGAAGCUGAUGUGAAAAGCGUGUUCGAGGCGUUCGGCGAGAUUGUCAGUUGCCGAUUGGCCCGCAACAAUUUCAAGGGUGGCCACAGAGGCUUCGGCUACAUCGAGUUCAACAACUACGCGUCGAUGAACGAGGCGAUCGCCGGCAUGAACAUGUUCGACUUGGGCGGGCAGCUUUUGAGGGUGGGCCGAUGCGUGACGCCACCAGAAGCGCUCAGCUACAUCGUUCCCGCGUCGUCGUCCGCAAUGCCACAAUCCGCAGCCCUAGCCCUCGCCGCCGUCACCGCAAAGGUGCAAGCGAUGGCCGCAACGCAGGUCCCGCAGCCAACCAUUGUCAAGCCGAAGCUCUCCGAAGGCGCCGGCGCCCCGCAGAAGAAGAACCAGAACAAGAAGAAGGGCGGCAUGCUGGAUCGUAUCAAAACAUAUCAAUUUGACCCGACCGCCAAGGCGACGUUCGGAGCACCGAUAGGAGAGAACGGCGACGAAGAGGAGGAGGAAGGAGAAGAUGAAACGUUGAUGAUCACUGCCUCUGGCGAGCGGAAGCGUGACGUCCAAUCGUUGGCGCUCAGCCUCAUCGACAAGGGCAACCAACAAGUGGCCGUGAGGGGAGGAGGAUCAUCCGGUGGAGGAAGGGAUAGUCGAGACAAGAAGAAGUCCAAAAAUAAGGAGCCGGAACCGGCCUGGAAAGUUGCUGCGAAGGAGAAGCGCAAGGCUAGGAGAGACGCAGCGCAAAGUGGCCCGAAGUUGAACACAGAAGCGGCGAUGGCUGCCGUCGAGAAGGCCGGAUUGAUGAACGAUGCCAUCAUCGAGAAGGAGGUCUGCUCAGAAGAGGCGACGCUAGCUUCGCAAGAGGGAUUGGAGAUUCGAGGCAACGAGUCUCGCCAUCUGCUGAUGACCAAGCUGAUGCGCAUCAACCGCUCGUGCAUUCUGCUGCUGAAAAACAUGGUCGGCCCCGAGGAUCUUGACGAGCACCUAGAGGAGGAGGUGAAGGACGAAUGCUCGAAGUAUGGACGUGUUGAGGAGGUUCUGAUCGUCAACGACGAGGCGAACGGCGUCGUCAAGAUUUUUGUCCGCUACGCCGAGCCGAAACAGGUGGACGACGCCAAGGCGCAGCUCGACAAUCGAUUCUUUGCCGGGCGGACGAUCAGCGCGGUCAUCUACGACCAGGCCCUCUACGAGUUUGGCGACUACUCGGGU